AUGCUUCAGCCACGUAUUCAGUUUGCGGCUGCCCGCCAGAGCUUGCUCCGUCUAGCGCUGAACCGCUCUCUCGUCCGAACAUACGCAACCGGUCCCCCCAAAUCCAGCACCACUGCCAGCGAAAAAUCGACUCUCGCUUCAGCUACCAACUACGGUACAUCCUCCAUUAUCCGGACGUACAAGCCUCGAUCUCCUGGUGUGCGACAUUUGAGGCGGCCGAUCAACGAUCAUCUGUGGAAGGGAAGACCAUUUCUCCCACUGACCUUCCCCAAGAAGGGACACGCCAAGGGUGGUCGAAAUGUGUCUGGUAGAAUCACUGUGAGGCACCGUGGCGGUGGUGCGAAGAGGAGGAUAAGAACAGUUGACUUCAUCCGCAACCGCCCUGGUCCUCAUCUGGUUGAGCGAAUCGAGUACGAUCCUGGCCGAAGCGCCCACAUUGCGCUCCUCACCGAGCAAGCCACUGGCCGCCACACCUAUAUCGUUGCUUCCGACGGUCUUAGGGCAGGCGAUGUCGUCCACAGCUACCGCUCUGGAAUUCCUCAGGACCUCCUCGAUAGCAUGGGUGGUAUUAUCGAUCCCGGUAUCCUCGCAGCCAAGACUGCUUUCCGUGGUAACUGCUUGCCCAUGCACAUGAUCCCCGUGGGCACUACGGUGUUUUGCGUGGGUUCAGCAGCCAAGCGUGGUGCCGUUUUCUGUCGCAGUGCCGGAACCUCGGCUGUCGUGGUCAACAAAAACGAAGAGACCAAGGACGACGGUACCAGAGUGAUGACGGGCAAAUAUGUCGAGGUGCGACUACAGAGUGGUGAGGUUCGCCGUGUCAGCAAAGAUGCAUGUGCAACCAUUGGUGUGGCUAGCAACGUCCAUCACCACUACCGACAGCUGGGCAAGGCUGGACGAAGCCGUUGGCUCAACAUCCGACCUACCGUCCGCGGUGUGGCCAUGAACAAGGUCGACCAUCCUCACGGUGGUGGUAGAGGUAAAUCGAAGGGUAACCGCCAUCCCGUCAGCCCUUGGGGCACUCCGACCAAGAGCGGUUACAAGACCCGACGCAAGCACAACAUUAACAAGUGGGUUGUGGUCCCCAGACCGCGCAACCACGGCAAGCGACGCGACAAGUCAGCAUGA